AUGCGUUUCUUCACCACCGCCCUUGUCUCUGCCCUUGCGGCCCUGGCCUCUGCCUACACUCAGCCCGACUACUCUCAGAACCCCACCGGCAAUGCCAUCCUCACCCCCGAACUGAACCAGGUUGUUCCUGCUGGCAAGCCCUUCGAGAUCACCUGGGACCCCACUACCUCGGGCACUGUGUCUCUUGUCCUUCUGCGCGGCCCCAGCACCAACGUCGUCCCCAUCCAGACCAUUGUCGAAGACAUCGACAACUCUGGCAGUUACUCUUGGACUCCCAGCACCACCCUCGAGCCUGACACCACCCACUACGGUAUCCUCCUUGUUGUCGAGGGCACUGGCCAGUACCAGUACUCCGUCCAGUUCGGCAUCUCCAACCCUUACUACUCUUCUUCUUCCUCUGUUGCCGCUGCUACUAGCACCACUGCCGCCGCCGCUGUGAGCUCUGAUGCUUCCGAGACUAGCGUUAUCAUCAGCAAGAUCACCAGCACUAUCUGCCCCGAGACUGCCACUGCCACUGCCGACGUCAAGCCCACCUCCGUCCCUGUGGUCGGUGGCAACAAGCCCACCAGCUUCGUCGUUGCUCCCUCUGCCUCCGGCUCUGCCAGCCUCAUCCGCAGCUCUGCCACUCCCUCCGGCACUCCUGCUGCCAGCAGCUCCUCCGUCUCUCCCGUUUUCACCGGUGCUGCUGACCGCAACGCCAUCAGCCUCGGCGCCGUCGCCGUCGGUGUCGCUGCCGUCCUUGCUUUCUAA